AGAAGAUUAAAAUAUUGCUUUGAUCAGGUGCAUGGGAUAAAACACUUCGGCAGCCUCAGUGGCUGCUUCCUUCACAUGGUGUCCGAGGGUGGGAAACGGAGUCUGUGGCGUGGAAAUGGCGUGAACGUCUUGAAAAUUGCUCCAGAAUCCGCGCUGAAAUUUAUGGCUUACGAACAAGCAAAAAGACAAAUUCGCGGAGAUUCCCAACUGGAAUUACGUCUUUGGGAAAGAUUCCUGGCAGGAGCUUUUGCUGGCGCUCUGUCACAGUCCGCCAUUUAUCCUCUUGAAGUUCUGAAAACACGACUGGCUUUGGGGACAACCGGUGAGUACCACGGUAUUUUCGACGCCAUUCGCAAGAUACGUCGCGUCGAAGGCAUCCGAAGUUUCUACCGGGGCUACUUUCCAAAUUUACUCGGAAUUCUGCCAUACGCAGGCAUUGAGCUCGCAGUAUACGAGACACUGAAGGCUGAGUUCAUUCCGCCGAACAAAACUGAGCCUGGCAUUCUGCUUUCGCUAUUAUGCGCUACCGCAAGCAGUACUUGUGGUCAAGUUUGUGCUUAUCCCUUCGCAUUGAUCCGGACGAAACUCCAGGCUCAAGCCGUGCUCUUCCCGAAUGGAAAGCUCAGGAAACGACCAACUACAACAUUGGCUGUGGUGAAGACAAUCCUCCAGUAUGAGGGUUGGAGAGGGCUGUACAGAGGACUUCUUCCGAAUUUCUUGAAAGUCAUCCCAGCUGUUUCGAUUAGUUAUGCUGUCUACGAGAAAACGCGGGCUGCUCUUGGUGUGACAAUGACUUGAUUUGUGACAGCAAGCUCUCACAUCUAAGAAAGUAACCUUUCGCAUUGUCUCCUAUCUCAUUGCAAAAACACUUCGGAUUCGGCGUGAAUUUUUCGAUGACGGGCCUUAAUAAAAAGGCUUUUGUGCGCAGUA